CUCAUGUCCAUAUAACAAAACUAUUUUAUUAAAUACUACAGUACGUCAAAACAAAAUAUACAUAUUUUAUUCAGUUUGUAGUGUCCAUUGAUGCUUAUAAAAGCAUACUAAACUUACCAAGUGAAAACAUAACAUUCACAAAUCACAACUAUCAAGCAAACUUAACCACUCCAUAAACCACACAAAACUCAAUUAAAUCCAGUAAUUAUAUCAUGGGUUCUGAGAAUGGGUUCAAAGCAAGUGAGCUCUUUCAAGCUCAAGCUCACUUGUACAAUCACAUUCUUAGCUUCUUGAAACCAAUGUCCAUCAAGUGGGUUGUUGAACUUGGUAUACCAGAUAUCAUCCACAAUCAUGGCCAACCCAUUACACUUCCCCAACUUCUCUCGGCUCUUCGAAUUCCCGAAGCAAAAGCCGCUUGUGUUCAAAGUCUCAUGCGUUUAUUGACACACAAUAACUUCUUUAUAAUUGUGGAAAUUGAAGGGAAAGAAGCGUAUGCUCUUGCCCCACCAUCAGAACUACUUGUCAAAGGCACUGACCAUUGUUUAUCUUCAAUGGUUCAGCUGAUAACAAAUCCAAAUCUUGUUGAUUUGUAUAAUCAUUUGGGUAAAUGGACUUCUGGGGAUGAGCUCACAAUCUUUGAGACUGCAUCCGGCAAAGGAGACUAUUGGGAUUUUAUGCAUCAGAAUUCCACACAUUUGAAGUCCUUCAACGAGGCUAUGGAAAGUGAUUCUCAUGUGAUGAGAUUGGCACUGAGUGAUUGCAAGUCUGUUUUUGAAGGCUUAGGUUCUCUGGUUGAUGUUGGAGGCGGAACCGGAAACACAGCUACAAUCAUUUGUGAGACAUUUCCUAUGUUAAAAUGCACAGUGUUGGACCUUCCGCAAGUGGUGGCAGGCUUACCUGGAAAGGAAAAUUUGAGUUUUGUUGGCGGAAACAUGUUCAAAUCUAUCCCUCAAGCUGAUGCAAUCUUACUUAAGUGGAUUUUGCAUGACUGGAAUGACGAUGACUGUGUCAAGAUACUCAAAAAUUGUAAAGAAGCUGUAUUAAGAAAAGGCAAAGGAGGAAAAGUGAUCAUAAUAGAUAUUGUGAUAAAUGAAAAGCAAGAUAAGCAUGAAAUGACAGAAGUCAAGCUCUUCUUUGACAUAGUUAUGAUGGCUAGUUUUAAUGGAAGAGAAAGAGAUGGAAAAAACUGGAAACAAAUCUUCACAAAAGCAGGGUUCACACACUAUAAAAUCUUUCCCAUAUUCGGUUUUAGAUCACUUAUCGAGCUUUAUGUUUAGUUAAGCCUUACAGCUCUUUAAGAAACACUUUUGUUUGUAUUGAUCAAUAAAUUUGAUUUUCAGCACGUCUUUAAUUUUGAAUUUAUCUAA